CCUACUUUCAUCAGUUUCGAUUUGUCUUCUAAAGUUUUAAAAAGAACAAAUUCAAUUCACAAUGACGUCUCUGUACACACUAGCAACACUGGUGCUGGUUGCCAGUUUGUCGGCGGCCAUCGGUGCAGAUAACCAGGUCGAAUCCCAGAUUCAGGUCGUUCAGAACAUAGCUGCCUUCAAGGCCGCCAAUCCGGAUCUGCUGCUAGAACCACUGAACGUGUCCCGGCGGCCGUCGGUUCGCGGUGCCCUACAGCAAAUCGUCUACAGUGCGGGAUCUCGGCAAAGUGGAGACCGGCUGGUGGCCAUCAACUCGAACUCCCGCUACUGGUCCUCGCCCCAAGAUGUCCAGGUGGCGCUGACUUAUCCGCAAAGUGGAACGGGCUCGAUUGUUACGUACGUCCAGGUCGUUGUCAACCAAUCGUCCAACUACGGCCGGGGCUACAUCGCAUCCGGAGGAAUCGGACAGCGCCGGAUUCAGCUGAUCAUCGAAGCCUACAGCACCAGCUCGAUUAGUUUCACCGCCAAUAUUUAUGGGAAAUAAGCCGCACGGAUUUGUUGAUCGAUGAGACGGAAAAGACUUACCAAUGCUAUGCUUCAGUAAACUUUCUUUGUUAUAACUGUUAAA